GAAGAAGAAGAAUGGAGGAAGAGUUGAGUGCUUACGAUUCUGAGGUUAUGGAAUCCGGGUACGAUUACUUUAAAUUCGAAGAGGUAAUGAAGCAAUCAAGAGAGUAUCUACUUAAACUUGAUACCGUGAAAAGAUUGGAGAUUAUCAAAGAAGUGCUCAAGAACCCAAAUUUCGAUGACACGGAUGUGUAUUACCUCACUAUGAUCGAGAUACAGCACCCAGCCUACAAGCCACCACCUGUGGUGCCUAAGAAACCACCCCCCAAAAUUCGAUUCGUGGUGAGGGGAAGGCAACCCACCAACCCCGUUCGGGAGGAAGAAAAGGCAGGCGAGAAAACUGAAAAAACUGGUCGAAAAAGGCCACGGGGCAGCAGUGAUUGGGAAUUUGAUGAGGAAGAAGAAAAGAAGAGGGCGAUCAAGAAGAGAGCGAACAAGAAGGUGAAUAAGUCGGUUGAAAAGAAGAUGAACGUGGAUAAUGUUGUUUUACUACCAGAAAUCGUACCAGACCUGCCUGAUGAAUUCAAGGAAAGAAUCCGAAAUCUUGGGGGAACCAAGGCUACUUUGGUAAUUCAAAAGGAACUGGAAGCCACAGACGUCAGCAUUGACCACAAACGCCUCUCUCUCCCGUGGGGUAAACUCAAAGACAAGCACUUUGUUUGUGGGGAAAAGAAGGCCUUUAGGCAAAAUGGUAAAGGUGUUCCCAAGAUGGCAGUGCGUCUUAUUGCAGAGAAUGGAAGGGAACACGAGAUAGAUAUAAGGCAGUGGAACAUGGCGAAAGGAAUAUAUAAUGUGGUGAAAGGUUGGAAUGAUGUUGUGCACGACCAUGGACUGUGCGCGAAAUGGAUAGUGCAACUUUGGUCAUUUAGAGUAGAGGGAAACCUCUGGUUUGCACUUGUUAAACUCUGAAUUAGCAAGUAACUAACCAGUAAUCCUUUGAGAUUGACGAGUCCUUCCGUUAUAUAUUAUUGGUAGAAUUAUCAAAGGUAAAAUCUUCAGCCUUGAGAUUUUUGUCCAGUUCUUAUUUAGCACAAGGGGGUAUGCCCCCUUUUAGUGUUCUGGUAAAUACUGCAGAUUCUUUAAGGAAAUUAUGAUAGUUUUUGAGGCAUCAUUCUUUCUGAGACACAAGGAUUAUUUCAGUCGAAUCAAUACUUUUCUUGU